AUGACCCAGUGUCAGCUGUCGGCAGAUGUCGCCCCUCCCACCAUCACCUCGUUCAAGUAUCGACCUGCCGUUGAUGCCGAUGCCCCUGGCCUCACGUGUCUAGGUGACGCCGUGACCACAACGUUCGUAGCCGAGACGGCGCUGCCAACCGAUAGCGGCACGUUUCGCGUCCGUGCCUACCGCUCCGUCGGCUCCUUGCGGGCGAGUGAACCCAUUGCAAUGAUCUCAGGCGACGUGCGGGGCAAACGCAAUGUGCUCGUGCGCGUGCACGACCAGUGCUUUACGUCCGAGGUCUUUGGCUCGCUUAAGUGCGAUUGCAAAGAGCAGUUGGAGUACGCCAAGGCGUACACGAAGAAGCACGGGGGCGUGGUCAUUUACAUGCCGCAAGAGGGACGGGGCAUUGGGCUCGCGAAUAAGAUCAUGGCUUACUCUGUGCAAGAGCGGGGACUUGACACAGUCGACGCGAACCGCGUGCUCGGGUUUAAGGAUGACUACCGCUCAUAUGAGCCAGUGCCGGCUAUUUUGAAGGACCUGGGGAUUCAGUCGGUGUGUCUAUUGACGAACAACCCGCGGAAGAUUCGGCUAUUGAGUCAAUUGGGGAUUACGAUUGACGGGAGACAACCUGUGGUGAUCAAAGGGGGGGAGUUUAGCCAAGGGUACUUGACGGCCAAGGCGAAACGAAUGGCUCACUUAUUGCCUGGUGCUCCUGGUGAAGACGGCAGCUGUGAUGACACGUUUACGGACGAGAGUCAAGAUGAAGAGGAGGUGCAGAUUAAUCCACAAGAAGCUGCGGUUGCUUCGUCUCCGACAGCAUCGUCGACGUCAUCUUCUGGAGACUACAAGUCGGUCUUUUAA